UUCGUGUUGCAGCGUCCAGCUGUCGUUGCAACAGCUUCUGUUGUGUUGUUGACGUUCCUGCUAUUUCAAAUUUGUUUUCUUCAGAGUUUUAACGGUGGCUGUUCGUGUGCGCCGUCUUUCGUGCCAUAGUCCGCAGUGUCGUCAAUAAAUACUACACGUGUUUAACAAUAUUAAAGUCUAUAGAUUUCUCGUCGUGUCACGUAGCUGCAUUAAGACUCCCGAUCUGCGGAAUAGUGGGAAUGCUCGUAUCUGGAUACAGAAGUCACAAAUUAGAAUUCCGGUCGGACUACGGAAUUCUCAGUCUUUUAGCCAUACGUCAUUUGUUACUUGAAGAAACCACUGAUGGUUUUACUUUUAAAGUCCCCUUUCCCCGGUAGAAUUUAUGGACCCGGUUAGGCACACUAAAAUCGAGGAGGGGGCGCCCAAUUGAAAGACCUGCACAGGACUUCGGACUGCACGGCAGUAGGAAAGAGGAUCGUUUCGUUGAAUGAAGGCCCUGGCAAUUGUGCUGGCACCAUGAGUUUCAAUUCGAGCAACAAUUAUUCUUUCUCUACAGAUAAAGGCACAGUGACAACAGCAAUUGGCGAAGUAGCAGCAGGUGUAAAAGGCCUCCUGAACUACUCCAGCGGAACGAGAUUUAAGAACUACUCAGCUGUUAACACCUGGACUGUAAGGGGUCUGAAGAGUUUGGGUUCAGGAACAACCAGAAUCGAGUCUGUUCCGUUCGCACACCAGAACUCCAGUACGUGGUGUAUGGUCCUCACAAAGAACUCGACCGGACUUAAUCUCUCGUUUAUGCUGAAAAACAGCGAAUCCGAAAUGCCUUUGGGAGCAAAGGUGAAAGCAGACGAGGUUCUUCGUAGUGGCGAGAAACGAGAAGUGUACCCACGCACAUGGUGUACUCUGAAGCAAGGACAGAAGUCCCAGAUGCUGCCCUUUCGGAAAAUUGUGUCCGCCGGAGGGACCGUCAACGAAGACGAGAUAACGCUGCAGUGCGAGGUCUGCAUGCAGUGCAUUGUCCAGGACGAGCUGCUCGUGGGAGAAAUCGCAGAACCAAAAGUUGGUUUAUUCAGGUGCCUGGAGGAGAUGCUCCACAGAGAAGUCCACACGGACUUCGAACUGCGCGCAGGGGUCACUGUUAUGAAAGCGCACAAGGCGAUAUUGGCCGUGCGGAGCCCGUACUUCGCCGCAAUGCUGCAGCCGCACACGAAAGAAGCACAGGAAGGCUUCGUAGAGGUUUCGGACGUAAAGCCUGAAGUACUGAAACAGGUUCUGGUUUACGUAUACACGGCUGAGGCACCGGGGCUGAAGGACAAACCGUGGGACCUGCUGAUGGCUGCCGACAAGUAUCAGCUGGCUCAGCUGAAGCGGCAGUGCGAGGCGUACAUCGCCAGCCGCCUGGACGUGGACAACGCUGCGGAGACUGCAGCCAACGCCUUUGUUUUCUCCAGCGACCUGCUGUUGCAGCGUGCGGUCCACUUCAUCAAGCGCAACCUUUCCCAGGUGAUCAGCACUCCAGGAUGGAACGAGGCUAUAGCUGCCUACCCUGAAGCCAUACAGCGCAUCAGCGAGAUGAUAGAAUGAGUCCGUGAGAGCUGAAGAGGAAACUGUAGCAUCAACAGGAGUAUGGCAGCAUGACUGAGGCGAUUGGCAGUGAUCCCACGAUAUAUUUCAGGAAUUGGAAUAUUUGUGUGUGCAACAAAACUGAAAUAGUUGCCAGGUACAGCUCAAUGUUGGGCUGAAAUGUUUGGUAAAUUAUCUGGUAUAUGCAUUACACUUAGUGUGUUACUGAUAUUUGCAUUGUCAAACUGAUGUCCCUAAAAUAUAUUUUUAUGAUAAUCGGCUCAGCUGAUCGAAUACUGAAUUCAGCAUUUGGCGCAACUGACAUUUAUUAAUCACUGUAAUUCAAAUUUCUCUGUUUUGCUCAACAGUGCUAUUUUACAGUAAAAUUAAAAAAAUAAAAGUUGAAGUUCCCUUGGAAUCGUAACUGGUGAAUAAUUACUAUUUUGUCAACAAAUAAGCAUUGUUUUUAUGGUAUGAGUACUUCGUCCAACAUGUUUGAUAGCGGAAAUUAAAAAGGGAAUAAAUAUCAUUUCUACUUUUAUCGUUAAGGUUGAAACCUGAACAAAAACGGCAUUUCAUUGUUCUAAAUGAAUUUUUAGUAGGCCUACCUAUGUUCAUCUGAUAACCUUGAUGCAUGCCAAUUAUUUUGAAAGUUUUAAAUGUUUGUUUCUGCCUUCAUUAUAAAAUAUACUUAAAAUUUGUAGCAUUUCUUUGCAAAGUUUACAUUAAAUUUGAAUGUAAACUGUCAUGGUUUGGUAAUAGAAAUCAACAAAGGCAUUGCUGAAGUAAGAGACUGCAACAAGUUGUAACUUUGAAAUGAAAAGUAUGUUGUUCUUAGUACAAUAAAUAAGUUAUUUUAAAAAA